GCCGGGCGUCGGAGGCCCCGAGCGGACUGCAGAGCCCGGAGAUCCAGCCGGUUUGGGGAAAGGGGCGGCCAGGGAGGUGGGCCUCGGCUUCCGUCGGCCGCUGCUCAGCGCCGCGGCCUGUGCGGCCUGUGCAGGGAAGCGUCUUCCCUGACCGGCCUUUGCUUUCCCGCGCCGCGCCGGGCCGGCCCGGGCCAGCCGGGGCGACUUCCCCGCCGAGGGCCUCCGUGGGCCUCGCGACCGCGCUGACCUCCCCGCGCUCCCCGGCCGCCGGCGGGCCCCGGACCUCCGCCUCCGCCCGCUCGCAGCCGGCGCCGCCCCCCGAAGCCCGCGGCUCGGCGCGCCGGGGUCCCCCGCCAGGCCCGAAGGCGCGUGCGCGAGCGCGAGCCCCCGCCGCCGCCCCCCGCCCCCUCAUACCGGGCCCCUGAGCAGGGGCCGGAGCCUCCGGCGGCGGGGCGGGGGGGGCGCCCCGAUGAGCCCCGAGUGCGAGGAGCCGCCGCCCCCCCGCGCAGGGCGCCAUGUUUUGGAAGUUUGACCUGCACACGAGCUCACACCUGGACACGCUUCUGGAGCGGGAGGACCUGAGUCUGCCCGAGCUCCUGGACGAGGAGGACGUGCUGCAGGAGUGCAAGGUCGUCAACCGCAAGCUACUGGACUUCCUGCUGCAGCCGCCGCACCUGCAGGCCAUGGUGGCCUGGGUCACCCAGGAGCCGCCGGCCAGUGGCGAGGAGCGGUUGCGCUACAAGUACCCCAGCGUGGCCUGUGAGAUCCUGACCUCAGACGUGCCCCAGAUCAACGACGCGCUGGGCGCCGACGAGGCCCUCCUGAACCGGCUCUACGGCUUCCUGCAGAGCAGAAGCAGCCUCAACCCCCUGCUGGCCAGCUUCUUCAGCAAGGUCAUGGGCGUCCUUAUCAACCGCAAGACGGACCAGCUCGUGUCCUUCCUGCGGAAGAAGGACGACUUUGUGGACCUGCUGCUGCGGCAUAUCGGCACCUCGGCCAUCAUGGACCUCCUGCUGCGUCUCCUCACCUGCGUGGAGCGUCCACAGCUGAGGCAGGAUGUGGUCAACUGGCUCAACGAGGAGAAGAUUGUGCAGCGGCUUAUAGAACAGAUCCACCCGUCAAAGGACGACAGUCAACAUUCCAACGCAUCUCAGUCCCUGUGCGACAUCAUCCGCCUGAGCCGGGAGCAGAUGAUCCAGGUCCAGGACAGCCCGGAGCCCGACCAGCUGUUGGCCACCCUGGAGAAGCAGGAGACGAUCGAGCAGCUCCUGAGCAACAUGCUGGAGGGGGAGCAGAGCCAGUCUGUCAUCGUGAAUGGGAUCCAGGUGCUGCUGACCCUGCUGGAGCCCAGGAGGCCAAGGUCCGAGUCUGUGACCGUGAACAACUUCUUCAGCAGCGUGGACGGACAGCUGGAGCUCCUGGCCCAGGCGACCCUGGACAGCACCACGUCCAGCGUGGGCGUCCUGCACGCCCUGCGCCCACGGCUCGGCCGUUUCCACCAGCUCCUGCUUGAGCCCCCCGAGCUGGAGCCGCUGCGAACUACGUGGGGCAGCCUGGCCCCGCCGCUGGGCAACACCCGGCUGCAUGUGGUCAAGCUGCUGGCCAGCGCUCUGAGCGCCAACGAUGCGGCCCUGACCCAGGAGCUCCUGGCGCUGGACGUGCCCAACACCAUGCUGGACCUCUUCUUCCACUAUAUGUUCAACAACUUCCUGCAUGCCCAAGUGGAGUUGUGUGUGAGUGCCCUGCUGAGCACUGCACCUCCCUCCGACAGUGGCCUCGAGAUGGCUGCCCCGAGCCCCGUCCUGAAACACCUGCUGCAGCAGUGCCGCCUGGUGGAGCGCAUCCUGACCUCCUGGGAGGAGAACGACCUCGUGCAGUCUGCCGGGGGCCCCCGCAAAGGCUACAUGGGCCACCUGACGAGACUGGCCAACGCUCUGGUGCAGAACACGGAGAAGGGGCCCAACGCCGAGCAGCUGGGCCGGCUGCUGAAGGAGCUGCCCGGAGAGCAGCAGGAGCGGUGGGAGGCCUUCGUGUCUGGAGCCCUGGCAGAGACCAACAAGAGGAACGCCGUGGACCUGGUGAGCACCCACCACCUGCACUCCUCCAGCGACGACGAGGACGACCGGCUCAAGGAGUUCAACUUCCCUGAGGAGGCAGUGCUGCAGCAGGCCUUCAUGGACUUCCAGAUGCAGCGCAUGACCUCGGCCUUCAUCGACCACUUUGGCUUCAAUGACGAGGAGUUUGGGGAGCAGGAGGAGAGUGUGAACGCGCCUUUCGACAAGACAGCCAACAUCACCUUCUCCCUCAACGCCGAUGACGAGAACCCCAACGCCAACCUGCUGGAGAUCUGCUACAAGGACCGCAUCCAGCAGUUCGACGACGAGGAGGACGAGGACGAGGACGAGGAGGAGGGCCAGGGCUCCGGGGAGUCCGACGAGGAGGACGGCGCCUGGCAGGGCAGCCAGCUGGCCCCGGGAGCCCGCCGGGGCCAGCCCCCAGCCGUGCGGAGUGGAGGCAGCACAGACAGCGAGGAGGACGACGAGGACGACGAGGACGACGAGGACGACGGCGAAGGCCAUGCGGCUGGUGGGGGGACCGGGCCCCCCUCGCAGCCUAGCCCUGGCUCCCAGCCUCCGGGCCCCAGCUGGACAGCCACCUUUGACCCAGUGCCUACAGACGCCCUGACCGGCCCCCGAGACUGUGGGGAGAAGGAGCCGAGCCCCGGGCUUCUCGCCCCACAGGGGUCCCUCGGCGUACCCCGGGGCCUCCCCGCCCUGAGCCCGGCCGGCCCUGCGGCCUGCACCGCCCUGCAGCUCAGGUCUCAGGACCCCGCAUCCCUGUCAGCACCUCAGGAAGCCACAGACGGCAGCCAAGUAGCAGAGCCCUCGGUGCAACCAGAGACCCUGCUACCUCUGUUCCAGCCCCCGGGGCCUGCCAGCACCCCCGGACCACGGAGGGGGAGAAGAGCCCAGAGCCCUCGGGGCUCCCCCAGAGCCAGAGUGCCCAGGCCCUCGAGCCGCCUCCGAUGCCCAAUGGCUCUGCCCCGGGAGGGCCAGCACCCCUGGGCUCCCAGUAACUGCCUGGUCCCGGUGGUGGCGGCUAAAUCCUCCAUACUCCACGUGGACCUUGCCCGAGUGGGGGCAGGGCGGGUCCCACGAUGGCCCUGUUGCCCCAUCACCCCAUCCCCACCUUGUCUGCCCCCACGUUCUCUCUUCUGGACUCCCAGGAGCCAGGUGCCAGGGAGUCAGGCCCCUACCCACCCCCAUUUGCACUGAGAAAAGAAAUUAUGGAGUUUUGUCUCCUAGAAUAAAGAAACAAUUGAAUAGAGAGAAAGGAGAGAGAGAGAGAGAGACCUAUAUUAUAUAUUAUAUAUAGAGAGAGAGCGGGUGGGUGGAGAGCCAGGAGGAGGCCCGGCCGGGCGGGCAGCGGGUGGGACCUUCAUCCCAUCUCGGUGGGGGCUCUGUUGGGGUCCCAAGGUCAUUGUCUGCCCUCCCCUCCCACCAUGCCCCAGCCUCCGGUGCAGAUGCCCACACCCACACUCGGCCCAGGCCCACCUCCGGGGAGGGCUCGAGUGGGGGCCGUGCCUUUGCCCAAACCCUUGCCCUGGACCCUGCACUUUGACCCAGGCUGGGAGAUAAAGGAUCCUCUGCCUGGCCCUGUUGGCUCUAUGGGAGCUGGCGGUCCCCGUCCAAGGGGGUCUCCCCGGUGACAUUCCCAAGGGGCCCCAGUGCACUCACUGAGACCGCCCCCCCCACCCCCCGCACCUCCCAUGGACCCUGGGGCGGGGGGUUGGCAAGGGUCCGGCUGGGGUCCCCUUCCCGUGCCCAAGGAUCUGGGGUCCAGCCCAGCUGCCAAGUGACCUUGUCCCAGCUCCCUCUCCCCAGGCUGGUGUGAGUGUGUGUGUGUUCGUGCUGAGCUUCUAUUUCAUAUUGCAAAUAUAAAUAAAUAAAGAUCGUUUAAGAUUCC